CUCUCUCGUACUCGUUGCUCCGAUCGCGAUUUUUCCCACUAUUUUCUCAACGCGUGUUUCGCUCGUCGUCUUUGUUUCCUGAAACUCAGCCUUGUUUUCUGCUCCCAUACAGGGCCACUCAGCCAGCGUGUGUGUGUGAACCCAGUAGGUACUGUGGUCCAGUCCCUCUGGACCUUCGCUGGGUUUCUUCUACAGGGCCGAGCACUUUCUGGGCCUCCUCCUUCUGAGAGCCGAGCAAGAUAAAGAGCUGAGAUGCCCCUCGGGUCACCGGGGCUGCGGUGACGAGACCAGGAUGGGGCGUUCUGGCUCCGCCCCCUUGCGUUUCGCAGCCCCAGAGGGGUGUCGCUGCGACCCGUCUUCUUGGCCGUGACCUUAAAAAAGGUCCGCAUGCCGCAUUUUUACAUAGAUUUUUACUCAGUGCUUUAUGUUCAUUUUUUGUGCCGUCUGAGCUCGAACCCUUCGGAGUAUUCGCCUUGUGGUCGCUUCUGUGCAGCUUUAGCUUAUCGGAGCGAUGCCGAGAUCAACGGGGCGACCUGGGUGAUGGAGAGUCAUCGCGCGUCGUCCUGAAUCGUUUGUUGGAGUCGCUCAUCCUGCGGAGACACAAACAUCACACCAAGAAAUUGCAAGUGUUGCACGCAAUGUACUGUGUAUAAAACACAAAGCAAGGGCAGAAGGUCGAAGGGUUACCGUGUUUCACAGUAUGCCCGCGAUGCAGCCUGCUGUAGAAAGUUCUGGAAGAAAGCUCCUCUGUUUGUGGUAAAUUCCACUCACUGGGAUUGGAUCCAGGAGACCUUGGACGGUCUUUGUUUUGGGUACGAGUAGAUAAGCGAGUUUCGGGGAGUGUGGAAAGCCGGGGAAGAGACGUGAAGGCGAAACUCCUGGUGAGACCUCGGGUCAACUUCUCUGGGGCUUCGUUGUGCCUCAUUAUUGAAGCUCCGCAGAACCGGGAAUGGUCUUUAAACGGUCCCGGGGUCGCUGGUGAAUCCGCCAUGGCGUCCGUCAGCUUGGAGAACCAGCUGCAGAGCGCCCAGAAGAACCUGCUCUUCCUGCAGCAGGACCACGCGAACACGCUGAAGGGCCUCCACUCCGAGAUCCGCCGCCUGCAGCAGCACUGCACCGACUUGACCUAUGAGUUGAUAGUAAAGAGUUCUGAUCCAGCAGACAGCGGCGAGGCCCGCUGCAUGGAGCUGCGCAGGAGGUGCGAGGAGCUGGAGGCGCAGCUCAAGGCCAAGGAGGAGGAGAACACGGAGCUGAUGCACGAGCUGGAGCAGAAGAACGCCAUGAUCUCCGUGCUGGAGAACACCAUCAAGGAGCGUGAGAAGAAGUACCUGGAGGAGCUGAAGCUCAAGAGCCACAAGCUGGCCGUGCUGUCGGGAGAGCUGGAGCAGCGGGCGGGCACCAUCGCCUACCUCACGGCCCAGCUGCACGCCACCAAGAAGCGCCUCCUGGCGGGCAGCUCCUCCGACGGCAGCCCCACCGCGAGCCCCGUGAGCUCCUACAAGCCGACGCCGCCUCCCAAGGACCGGCAGCCGGAGACGCCGCGCCGCCGCAUGAAGAAGAGCCUGUCGCAGCCGCUGCACUCGGAGUACGCCGAGCUGUACCGGCUGGGCGCCGACGGGCGGCGGCUGGUGCUGCGCGACGCGCUGGACGCCAUGCCCGACCCCACGCCCUUCCUGCAGGCUCGCGAGGCCGCCGAGGCCCAGGUCCCCCGGGAGCGCCCCGCGGUCAUCCCGCCCAUCGGCGCCGCCCGCGAGCGCUCUCCGGCCCCGCCCGCGCCACCCUCGGGCGCCAGCCCGCGCCACAGCCCCGCCCGCCACACCCGGACCCACGUGGGCGUAGCCCACAGGAUCCACCGCGCCGCCCCGCCGGCCGCCCAGCCCGAGUCGCCGACCGUGGAUCCGGUCGACGAUACCAAGAUGGCCAACAAGCAACCGGGCGCGGACAGAACAGUGUAAGGGCCUCGCACCCGGCGCCGGGCAGCACCGAGCAACCGAACGCAACCAAAAAACACUGGAAAAAAGACGAGCGUGGAAGACGACGCCUUGUCCCCGUUCCUCCGAACGCGCAUGCCAAAAUCCGUCCCCUCGUUUUCCACGUACGGUUUCGAGCCCCACGCUGCUGUUUUUAUUUGUCUUUCCCCUCCGGUGACACGGCGCAGAGCAAAGAACGAGCGUGUCCCCGCCGCCAAUCGUCCGGGUUGUUUCCCGCUCCUCCGGCGCACGCGGACGUGUCCAUAAAUAAUAAGCGCAUACGGAUUAGCCGCCGUCCCGUAGCGUACGUAUCCGAAAGCUUCGUGUAGGAAUUGCUGCAACAUGUUAAACAGGUGUUUAUUAAUUAAACUGAUUAAUUUCCAGUGUUUUUCUUUCCACUUCCUGUUUUUAAUCUCAUUGAAUACAUAAGAAAAUAUCAGAAGAAAGGCUCUGGAUGCAUGGGUGCGUGGGUGCGUCUGCGUGUGUCUGCGUGUGCGUUUGGCCUUUUUUUGCCACGUUUCCAGUCUCAUUCUGCAGCGUUACAGUGGACACCUUGUAAACAACGUAAAAAGGCUGAACUGUUGACACUGAUUUACUAUAAACUUUACCGGUUUACUGCAUUAGUGCCGAACCAGAGACACCGUUUGAAAUGCUGAGCCACACAAAAACAUGCAUGUAGGCUUUUGCACCAUUAAAUACCUUCAUCAACAUCCGUGUGUGUGUGUGUGUGUGUGUGUGUGUGUGUGUGUGUGUAGGCACACACUGAAGUGCCCAUUUCCCUGCACCUCCAUAUAGUUAUUGCCGUUUGUCCAUUUUACCGUGUAAUUAAUCAGAGUCGCGCCGGACGGAAAACUGUGACGUUCGCCAUCGCGACCGUUAAAAUAACAGAUUCCGAACUGACGAAACAGGACAACGAACAGAUUCCAGCCGGACCUCCCAGAUCUAGACAAUACAGGCCGUCCUCUCCACUACCACCCCGACGUCUACGUGCAUAACGCCAUAUUUGUACGCUGUGCGUGUGUAUGUGUCUAUGUAUGUGUGUGUACAUAUAUAUACAUGUUAUAGAGUCAGAGGACAUGUGUCGGUGUCACCUCGGUGCUUUCGGAGACACUUAAUUAGCACUUUGCCGCAAGGGCUGUGCAGCACGAGCGAAGCUACCGCUUCUGGGACUCGUCUGACUUACAGGACGCUCCCUGGACUCCUGGACUGGCAUCCUGAUGCACCGCUCCACCCCCUGCCCCCCUCUGGCGCCGUCUGAUAAGGAUCCCCGCUCCGAUAUGUCGGUACGGCCACGCCCGCUUUUACUCCGUAAGUACUGCGUGUAAUGUUAUACAGCUGGCCAACUGUAAGAGGUUUCCCGUGUCCUGUGGAGGAAAAUGCAGGGAUGGAUGGGGUAAGAUUUCAUUAAAUGCUGCCAGAUCCAUUAGCGUCACCUUCAGAAGACCCGCAGUAAUCCUGAAAACAUGACGUCGCUCUUUCCUACAUCGGUACUUGUUCAUUUCCAGGAUGAGCUUGGAAAGGCACCCCUUGUCCCCAUGUGCACUGCCCCCACUGGGUUGGACAAGAGACGGUGGUCUGUACAGGCAUACAGGCAUACAGGCAUCCCUCGGUUUACAAAAUUAAUUCGUUCCUGGAAACGGCGCACAUAGUGACACUGUGGAUACCACAAGCUUUUUCUCCUCUUGUUUUAGCACAUUGUAAAACACUUGCACCCUUAACUGCUCUGGGGGUAACUCGCAGUUUUCUUUUGAAUUGAUCAGUUUUCUGCAGGCUGAGCAAUAAACCAAGCAGGGAUCCACUGAACAUAUUGCGUUUUUUUGUGAACAACUCUCUAAAACUGCGCACUGCUGCUAAAAUGUGUAUAAAUACCUGCAAAACCAUCAGCUAAACUUCCAUCUCAUUGCUCCGCUGUCUCCGCAAUCGUUCAGUUAAAUGACACUCCCGAUAUGGCCGGCAGACACUACUGUGGGAUUUCACACGCUCUCCGUAUCGCCCCACUCCAUUAAAGCACCACACAUUUCAAACACACCAACAGGCAGGGAGAUCUUGACGUAGACGCGCGAACUACAGUACAUUACUGCACUUCCAUUUCACUUGCGCACGAUGCACGACUUUCAAAUUUUUUGGAAGCACUUUGGAUAAAUUUUGUUAUACUGAUUGUUUGUUGCAUGAAGCAAAAAUUGGGCAUUAAAACCCAAGAGCCAGUACACCAAAAUUUUGGAUAGAGUUUGCAAAUUGAGGGAUGUCUGUAUUUUUAAAUUAUUUGAAUGUCAAUUUGUGAUUUUUUUUUUUUUUUUUUUACAUGAAUCAGACAUUUGCAACUGUAGGCCAACCAGGAUCGUGGUAUCUGCCAGAUAUUGUAAAUAAAU